AUGACUACUACACGCAAAUCUUGUCUUGUCACAGGCUGCUCCAGCGGCGGAGUUGGUGCUGCUUUAGCUGAAGCCUUCGCAAAAAAAGGCUACCAUGUUUUCGCCACUGCACGCUCGCCAUCUAAAGUUCCUCAAUUCUUACACGACGCUUCUAAUGCGACGGUUAUAGCACUAGACGUGGCAUCUUCGGAGUCAAUUGCUGCAGUUGCCGAAGCAGUGAAAAGCCAAACUGGAGGAACCCUGGAUGUCUUGAUCAACAACGCCGGUCUUGGGUUGGAUAUGCCAGCCCUUGAUAUCCCAAUAUCCCUGGCACGGAAGACCUUCGACGUCAACUAUUUCGGCGUCCUCGAGAUGAUCCAGAUGUUUGGUCCCAUGCUAGUUAAGGCUCAAGGAUGCAUCGUCAACAAUGCAUCUAUAGGGGGGUAUAUGUCCGUCCCUUUUAUGACUAUUUACCAAGCCACAAAAGCUGCUCUGAUUCAAAGCAGUGAAGGUUGGAGAUUAGAGCUAGCACCACUCGGCGUGCGCGUCUUGUGUCUUGUCACAGGAGGCGUGGAUACAAAUUUCUUACAGAAUCUUCCAUCUGUGGAGCUACCAGAAACUUCGUUUUAUAUUGGCAUCAAAGACCAAAUUGCAAAACAGGAGGAUAGUGUUCCUUUUGGCAUGAGCCCUGAAGCAUACUCGCAAGACGUGAUUCGUCAAGUGGAAAGGGGGACGACAGGGAAGUAUUGGAUCGGUGGAGCCUCCACUAUCUCUCGGGUUUCUCUGUGGCUUCUACCGCAGUGGGUGCUUGACAAAGUUUACGUAUGGCAAAAGCCCUUUCUAAAAGAAUUUGCUGCACAGCAACAAAAGUCGCGGAAGAACGCCUGA